AUGGUAUGUGCUGCGGUCAGUGCCUAUACUGCGCCUGCACUUAUGACCGUUUGUUUAUUUACUGAUCAUUGGAUCUAUGGAAAUCAAACAAGAUUAUCACAAAAUCCAACAAUAAAAGUAGGCGAAAUACGAGUUGUAAAUUAUACUUAUCAUCGAAUUGGUUUAUGGCAAGAAUGUGCAAAAGAAGUAAUGGAUGCUCCAUAUAUAUGUGAGAUUGUUAAAUGGUCAAAAGCAGAAGCAAAAUUAGAAAAAGGUUUUAAAGCUGUAUCAUAUCGAUCAGCACCUAGUAUGGUUUGUUUUUCAGCUGCAUCCGUUCUUUUAAUAAUUGCUAUAUUUUUGUUUACUCGUGGUCUUUGUAAACGACGUCGAAAAGCUGUUUUCUUCAUCUCAGGACUUUUAUUUUCUAUCUCAGGUUUACUAACCAUGGUUGGCGUUACCUUAUAUGUUUCAAUUACAACAGAAGAAUCAGUUAAAAUCGAUCAAGAUCAUCCGGUGAUGCAAUGUUCCUAUGGAUAUUCGUUUUUAUGUGCUGUUUUAUCAUUUGUUUUACAAGAAUUAACUGGUGUUUUAACUGUUUAUUGGUUUAUCUAUCGUUUUCGUGCACUCGUACGUAAACAAGAAAAAUUACGUGAACGUACUCGUCAACUUAUGGGAAAUUGUCUAUCAAUGACAACUGCUUUACCAUUCAAUCUCGCUUCAUUUCCUCCAACAAAUAAUCAUAGUACAAAACCGAUUGCAAAUCGUUCAAAUCAAAAUCAUACACAGUAUCCAUAUAAUAUAUCCAAUGAUGUAUCGAAUCCAUUAAUACAUAAACAAAAAAGACGUUUACCAUUUGAUACAUCAUAUACAUCAUCGUCAUUACAACGAACUGAUAAAAUAUCUUAUUCACCACGAUCACCAACAGUAGCUUAUGGUGAUUAUUGUCGUGUUUUAAUUCGUGCUGAAGAUAUGGAUUUACUUACACAAAUGGUUAAAUCAAAAUCACAAGCACAAUUAUUAGCAAAUUCAAGACCGACAACACCAGCACCAUUGAUAAAUUCAAAAAUUACAACUAUUACUCAUAUAUCACGACCCGAUAAUGAUAAUACAAUGCGACGAAAUUCAAAGAAAGGUGUUAAACGGACUACAUCUGUUUAA